CUCCAACUUCCAAUCAAAACAGCACUUAUGAGCGCUAACCAAUCACAGCAGAGAAGGCGGGAUAUUCCCCAAAACAGGUAGGAAAACGAGGCGUUUUCUGAUGUUGGAUAUAAACCGGACUGCUGACAGACACUUCAACGCAAAACUCCGAACAAGGCAGUAACCGAGGCAGGGCCGAGGGAGGAGCGUCCCUGGCUAUCAUGGAUGACCGCUCGUCCCUGCGCAAAGUGAGCGGCUCCACCGAAUCCGUGUCUACGGUCACCAGCGAGGAAUUCGUUCUGGUGCAGAACGGGGCAGAGGGCUCACCGUCCAGCUCUGAGGGACGUCCCAGACUCAAGAUGUCUUGGAAUGGAAGCGAGCAGCUGGAGAAGGCAAUGGAGGAGGUUCUGGAGGAUGAACUGAGGACACAGGAGAGGAGAACAGGGACACCAGUGGAACCUGGAGAGAACACGCAGGACACAGAAGCUUCUGUAGCUGGUAGUCUGGUGCAAGAGGAGGAAAGUGUGCAGUUCAGUAAGCUCUCCUACCUUGGCUGUACAUGGGUGAAGGCUCCACGCAAUGAGGCUGAAGCCCAGAAGGCGAUGUCCACCCUGAGGGCUGAGAGCCCUAGCCCCAUCCCAAUCACCUUGCAUGUACCUAACAGUCCUGAUGGCUGUGUGAGGAUUGUUGACCAGGCCACUGGCACUGAGAUUGCCUCCUUCCCUAUCUAUAAAGUGCUGUUCUGUGCCCGGGGAAAAGAUGGCUCCUUAGAGAGUGACUGCUUCUGCUUCACUGAGAGCUACCGCAGCUCUGAGGACUUUCAGAUUCACGUCUUCUCUUGCCAUAUCAAAGAAGCUGUGAGCCGGAUUCUCUACAGCUUCUCCACAGCCUUUAAGCGUUCAUCUAGAGCUGCCACAGAGAUUCGUGAGUUGGCAUUACCUCAAUCCCCUGACAGUGACAUCUUCACCUUCACUGUGUCCCUGGAGGUGCGAGAGGAUGACGGCAAAGGCAACUUCAGUCCUGUUCCUAAAGACCGAGACAAGUUCUACUUCAAGCUGCGGCAGGGCGUGCAGAAGAAGGUGGUGGUUACAGUUCAGCAGAUUUCCAACAAAGAACUGGGAAUAGAGCGAUGUUUCGGCAUGUUGCUGAGUCCUGGGCAGAAGGUUCGGAACAACGACAUGCAUUUAUUAGACAUGGAGGUGAUGGGGAAGAGUGCGGAUGGAAAGGCUUAUGUGAUCACUGGCAUAUGGAACCCUAACACCUCUGCAUUUCAAGCCCUUAAUGAGGAUACACCCAAAGAUAAGCAGGUGUAUAUGACAGUGGCUGUGGACCUGGUGGUGACAGAGGUGGUGGAGCCUGUUCGAUUCCUGAUGGAGGCCUUGGUCCGAGUUUACCCAUCCAAUGAGAGGUUCUGGUACUUCAGCCGCAAAGCUUUCUCUGAGACCUUCUACAUGCAGCUCAAACCGGUCUUGGACAGUCAAGGAGAUGCCAUAUAUGAAGUAGUGAGUCUUCAGAGGGAAUCAGACCGAGUGGGAGCAUCACGAGGCCGCUUGCAGUCCCCUACUGAGGAAGAGGAGCCAGAGGAAGACAGUGAUAGUGAGAUCUCCAGUGGCACUGGUGAUGUGUCUAAAGACUGUCCUGAGAAAAUUCUGGAGUCCUGGGGUAGCAUCCUCAACAGAUGGCAUGGGAACCUGUCUUCUCGUCCUAAAGGGCUGUCUGCACUGGUGAGACCCGGCGUCCCCGAAGCCCUGCGAGCUGAAGUUUGGCAGCUCCUUUGUGGCUGCCAGGAUGAACAGGCCCUGCUGGAACGCUACCGCAUCCUCAUCACCAAGGACUCGCCACAGGAAGGUGUCAUUACCAGAGACAUUCAUCGCACCUUCCCUGCUCACGACUACUUUAAGGACUCGGAUGGUGACGGUCAAGAUUCUCUCUACAAGAUCUGCAAGGCUUACUCUGUGUAUGAUGAGGAGAUUGGAUAUUGCCAAGGCCAGUCCUUCCUGGCUGCAGUGCUGCUGUUGCAUAUGCCAGAGGAGCAGGCGUUCUGUGUGCUGGUGAAGAUCAUGUAUGACUACAAACUCAGGGAUCUCUACAGGAACAACUUUGAGGAUCUACACUGCAAGUUCUACCAGUUGGAGCGCCUGAUACAGGAGCAGCUCCCAGAUUUGUGGACUCAUUUCCAGGAUCUGAACCUGGAGGCUCAUAUGUAUGCCUCCCAGUGGUUUCUGACCCUCUUCACUGCCAAGUUCCCCCUCUGCAUGGUCUUCCACAUCACCGACCUGCUGCUGUGUGAGGGCCUGAACAUCAUCUUCAAUGUUGCACUGGCUCUGUUAAAGACCUCUAAGGAAGACCUGCUUCAGGCUGACUUUGAGGGUGCUCUUAAGUUUUUUCGGGUGCAGCUCCCCAAACGCUACAGAGCAGCUGAAAAUGCUCGAAGACUCAUGGAGCAAGCCUGUAACAUCAAGGUGCCAACUAAGAAGCUGAAGAAGUUCGAAAAAGAGUACCAAGCUUUCAGAGAGAGCCAGCUGCAGCAGGAGGACCCUAUAGACAGAUACCAGAGGGAGAAUCGGCGCCUGCAGGAAGCAAGUAUGCGUUUGGAGCAGGAGAACGAUGACCUUGCCCAUGAGCUGGUCACUAGCAAGAUUGCUCUGAGGAAUGAUUUAGACCAGGCGGAGGACAAGGCUGACGUUUUGAACAAAGAGCUGCUGAGCACAAAGCAACGGCUGGUGGAGACUGAGGAGGAGAAGAGGAGACAGGAGGAAGAGACGGCUCAGCUGAAGGAGGUGUUCAGACGAGAGUUGGAGAAAGCAGAGUCGGAGAUUAAGAAGACCACAGCCAUCAUUGCGGAGUAUAAACAGAUUUGCUCUCAGCUGAGCACCAGGCUGGAGAAACAGCAGGCCUCCACCAAGGAGGAGCUGGAUAUUGUGAAGAGUAAAGUGAUGGCGUGUGAGCGAUGUCGGGAGGUGUUCAGUAAAGAUGGACCCCUGCACAUCCCCGCAGUGACACAGGACAACCGUGACUCUGACCUGGAUGAGGAGAAGGAUUCCCUGAAGGCUCAGCUGCGGGAGCUGGAGUUGGAACUGGCUCAGACCAAACUGCAGCUGGUGGAGGCCAAGUGCAGGAUCCAGGAGCUGGAACAUCAGAAGGGAGUGCUGAUGACUGAAGUCCAAGCUGCCAAAAACUCCUGGUUCAGUAAAACACUGGGAUCCCUGAAGACUUCAGCAAGCAGUCAGGCACCUUCCUCACCCAAAGAGGGGCAAUAGGGACUCGUACAGGCCUCACCCGGUGAGACAGGAGCGGUUCAUCUGCCUGGCACAUGCAUGGGAAGGAAGAGGCUGUUCAAACACUACUAAACACCAUGUGAUAAUGCAGUAUUCCCUCUCACACAGGGGAGUCGGAUGGAUAGGAAGGUUGAACCACCUGCUGAUCUGUAGAUCGGAGCAUUAGUAGUUUAGUUUAUGGAGGUCUGUGGCAAAGCAGACUUCAUUUUAUGAUGGAGCAACCAUUUUCAUUACAGAUAUCGAGUAUUUGAAAAAGAAAAAAAAUAAAGCCACUGAAGCGGCUUUUCCUUUCUUUAGUAAAGUCAGGUUGGCUAAUAUGUUAUUACUCCAUUAAACAGAGACGUCUGUUUAGUAUUGUUAAGCACAAAUCACCUGAAUUACAUUUCCGAAAGCAGUCCAAAAACACAAAAAAAUUAUAUUCACACAAUGGUAAAUCCACAAGUUUUCUAAAUCUUAAGAUUGAAGCAGAGUGUAAAGGUUUGUGGCUUUUUGUUGUUUUGUUGUUGUUUUUGGUCUUUUUACUAUGAAGUCAGGUGUGUGUUGAAUUCUGGUUUCAGUGACCGCGCCAUUGCACAUUUCUUAGAAGGAGGUCAUAUUUAUCCAGAGUUCUCAGUCCUUUGGAAGACAGCAGUGAGGAUUAUAGGAGCAGUGUGUCCAGCAGUGCAGCAGUUCCCCCUAGUGGCGGUGUGUAGUACUGCACAGCACUCAAUUUAUUCACCUUUGUUGACUGUUAUACUUUUCCUGACAGAAUUCCUUAUAUAACAUUACUAAUAAGAUUUUAUCUUAAGAGUUUAUCUACACGUUUGUAAUUGUAGCUCUUUUUUUAUUUGAGAGAGGGAAUACUGCAUUCAGACUAAAAAUAUCUGUUUUUCUAUAUAGUCAUAACUAAUGUAUUUGUUUUGUCAUGUGAAUAACUACAUGUUUAAUUGUUUUUUCUUUUUUUUAAUCUUGUACAGUUUUGAGAGGAGUGUUUUUGUUUGUUUUUGGUUUUUUUUACUUUACUAUUUUUGAAUUUAAAGAUCUGUAAAUAUUAAUGGCUUAAAGCACAGUGUUUUACACGACUGUAACUCGAACAUUCCUGCUGUACUGCUCGUGCUCACCCCCCCUGGCUGGAGCCAUAAUAACCCGAGCCUCUGAGAGCACACAGCGGCAUGGCUCAACCUCAGCACUGGGGUUUGUGAGCCGGAGACUCCUUCCUACAAAUUCAGUGGUUUGUACACAGUCAUUUAAUGUAAGGCUUAGGAAAACAGUGUGUGUCCCUAUAGCAGGAGCCACACGUCAUAAAUGUGCCAAGAAUUCUUCACAGACUUUCCCCACACAGGCGACUCUAUGUCCAAUUUUUUUGUCAGACUUAUUCUUAAGGAAAACGUGAUAUUGUAGCAGUCUUGCUGAGGACGGUUUAUUUGUUGUGUAUUCAAUAGUACAGUUCAACUAGAACAAGCGUUAGUGUCCGUCUCUCUGUUCCAAGAUUCACUCCUCAGCUUCCUCAAAGGUCGACGUUUAUGAAUUAUCUUAAACCGCAUGGAUCUUAACGCGCUAACAAGAUGUCAUGUCUUUAUUGUGGAUACACUUUCAUUGUUCCUUUGUCAUUCUGUGGUCAAAAUCUGUAUACUUAUCUCUUUUUUUUGUUCUGCAGUUGCAUCCUGCCAGUAGAUUAAGAUUAACCAAUAGCACAUGCAAUCUCUACUCUUUGCAUAGCAGGUUGAUUUAAUAGGAUUUUUUUUUUUUUAAGAUUUGUCAGUGUGAGUCAGGGGCCAUUGCUGGGUUAUUAUGGGAAUUACAGGUACACCACCCUGUCCCAGUACAACUUUGUGACAAAUAAACCCCGAUUCCUGUUCCAUUAAAGUCUAAACUUUAUUUUUGCCAUUUUUUGUUUGCAUUUUCCCUUAGGUGCAAGUUUCUUAAGGAAUGAUUUUCAACCCAUAACUAAAUAAAGCAGGAAAACUCUUCGUCUUCAACCAAUUAGAGUUCUAAUAAUGUAGUAAAAUCUCAGAACUGUUAAGCCACAUUUUAGUUUUUUUAUUUGGAUCGGACCAGUUUGUCACCGGUUCACCAAUGAUCCUUCCCUUGGACCACCCCACAAGAGCUGCAGUUUUGGAGAUGCUCUGAUCCAGUCUUCUAGCCAUCACAAUUUGGCCCUUGUCAAACUCGCUCAAAUCCUUACACUUGCCCGUUGUUCCUGCUUCUAACACAUCAACGUUGAGGACAAAAUGUUCACUUGCUAUAUCCCACCCACUAACAGGUGCCAUGAUAACACUGAUAGAUAAACUCAUUUGUCAGUGGUCAUAAUAUUAUGCCUGAUCAGUAUGAGGAAAAUCUAUUGCUACAUUACACAAUGUGUCCUAGAAAAAAAAAACACCCAAAAAGCAGUCUCAACAUUUGAGAUUUAUUGUCAAACCUUUUACCAAAGGUCCUUUCUGAGUAGAACAAGGAUAAAAAGUGAGGGGAAAAAUAAAAUUUGGCUUCUAAAAACUUAAGCAAGCAAAAACUAAAACUGCACAAGUUUUGCACUAGGAAAAAUGUAAUUAACAAAAAACAUGGAACGUUGUGUAUAGAAGAGGAGAAAGACAGGGGCAGGAUCGCUGGGGGAUUAUGCAUUUCUGUCGAUCCUCACAUCAAUCUCUCUGCCGUUCAGUCGAUAGCCGUUCAUGGUGCGGCAGGCGCGCUCUGCUGUUUCGGGACUGUCAAAGCGAACCACACCACAACCCUUGGACUUGCCGUUCUCCAUCUUGAUAUCAGCAUACUGCACCAUACC